CCCAGUACAUGGGCUGCGUGGAAGUUCUCCAGUCCAUGAGGGCUUUGGAUUUCAACACCAGAACACAGGUCACCAGGGAGGCCAUUGGGCUGGUGUGCGAGGCCGUGCCCGGUGCCAAGGGAGCCGUGCGGAGGAGGAAGCCCUGUGGCCGCUCCCUGAACUCCAUCCUGGGCAAGAGCAACCUGAAGUUCGCCGGCAUGCCCAUCACCUUGACCAUCUCCACCAGCAGCCUCAACCUCAUGGCUUCUGACUGCAAGCAGAUCAUUGCCAACCACCACAUGCAGUCCAUCUCCUUCGCUUCUGGGGGAGAUCCGGACACAGCCGAGUACGUCGCUUAUGUUGCCAAAGACCCCGUCAAUCAGAGAGCCUGUCAUAUCCUGGAGUGCCCCGAGGGCUUGGCGCAGGACGUGAUCAGCACCAUCGGGCAGGCCUUCGAGCUGCGGUUCAAGCAGUACCUGAAAAACCCCCCAAAGCUGGUGACACCCCACGACAGGAUGGCAGGGUUUGAUGGCUCUGCCUGGGAUGAGGAAGAGGAGGAACCAGCCCCAGAUCACCAGUACUACAAUGACUUCCCCGGCAAGGAGCCUCCCAUUGGGGGGGUCGUGGACAUGCGGCUGCGGGAUGGGGCUGCUCAGACCCCCAAUCACUUGGGGGCCACACUGCCCGUGGGCCAGACGUCCGGCGGGGACUACGACCCCCGGAAGCAGCAUGCUCCUGCCCAAGCAGGGAGAGAGAAAUACCCAGCUCCGGUGGGUGCGUCUGGCCGCACAGAUCUGUUCGAUGACCCGUCUUACGUCAACGUGCAGAACAUGGACAAAACGCGCCAAGCGUCGGCCGCCGGCCCCCCCGCCACAGCCAACGGCAGCGCCCAAAGGGACCUCUUCGACAUGA